CGGUUUUUCUAUCAGAAAAUUUUCUGUUUUUUUGAUCAGCGGCGGCGAAGGAACGGAGGGAGGGAGAGACUCGGACUCGGAGACUGGAAAGAACAUUGUAAGGAAGUGACUUGUAAAAUUGAAAUCUUGGAAGUGUUUGAAGUGGAGCGCGAGCGAGAAUGGAGGACGAAUCUGGGCGAGCAAUUAGGCUGAUGAAUUUCGUCUCUGAGGAACAGCUGGAUGAAGCCAAGAAAACAAGGGGCGAGCGAGUUGAAGACGGCACUGCUCAAAGAGACAGACCCCUCUUCGAGAUCCUAAAGGAAAAUAAAGACAAGCGUGAUGCUGAAUUUAAUGAACGGUUCAAGCACAGACCACCAAAAGCUCUGGAUGAGGAUGAGACAGAAUUUCUGGAUAAAUUGGAAACGUCAAAGAGAGAAUAUGAAAGGCAAAUGGCUGAUGCAGAAGAAGAAGAGCUCCGCAGUUUUCAAGCAGCAGUAGCAGCACAAUCUACUAUGUUGCAUGAACUGAAGGAAGUAACCCCGCCUGCUCCCACAGCUCAGGAAAAGACAUCAGUUAGGAGAGAAACUCCAGCCACUCGAGCACCGAGUAUGAUUAUUAAAGUAAAGCCACAGGCAAAGAAAGCGAGAAUCGAACCCAGAAGCCCAGAAAAAGCUUCAAAUGAGCCUUCAGAGUCAGAAAAAACACCUAAUAGCAUUGGUGAUAGACCUCAUGAAGCUGCUACGAUAGGACUAGUUUCAUACAGUGGUGAAAGUGAAGACGAAGAUUAGCAAGUCGAGUCGAGUCAACUAUUAGAAUUUUCUAAACAAUCACCAUAUUGUAUUUAAUUUUUUUCGGUGUCAAGGUUGUGUCUUCUAUGGGAUUAAGCAAUGAAUCUUUUCUUCUUCCAUUUGUUCAUCGUUAAAAUGUUUUAAACAAUCCACGAUUUGAUUUACA